UCAUCUAUAAAUUACAAACUACAUUCCAUUGAAUAUUUAGCAGUUGAACCAAAUCUUUCACACAAAACCUUCAUUUUAUCCUUCAUUUCUUUCCAAGUUUAUCAAAAUUAAAACCAUUCAUAACUACCUUAAUUUCCAAAAACAAAUUAAAAACGACAUAUGGCUUUCAUAUGUGGAUCUCAUGCCAACCAAGAAGAAGACGAUUUUGAAGUAUUUUUUUCAGUUCCAUCAACUCCUCAAAGAAAACCAACAAGAAGACAUAGCUUUUGUAGUAGAAGCAACAAGGAAAACAAUAAGAACCCGUAUUCGAACCGUGGGCUAGAUAAAUUUGAAGCUCUUUUGGCGGAUCUUGAUGGGAAGAGACAAAAGAUUUAUACACAAAAAGGGUCCGAAGAUAUAUCAUUAGUUCGGUUUGUGUAUUCAAGUUCUAGUGAUGUAAAACCAAUUAUUGUCAAGGUCAAAAAUCAAAAAAAGCAAGACAAAGAUCAAAAAAAGCAAGACAAAGAUCACAACAUUAAGCUAGAAAACACGAAAUUGUCUAUAUUACCUCCUAAACAUCACGGUGAAGCUAGGAACACGUCUAGAGAUAUGGUAAUAAUGCAACAAGGAAAAUCUUGGUAUAGUGUUGAUCAAUUGAGUAAGAAGUUUGGUGAAUGGUGGAAGCCUUGGUAUAGUUUACCUCUUUUCGUGAUUUUGGUUUUGGUGUUUUUGAUUUUUUUUGGACGGUCUGUCGCGAUUUUGUGCACUUCUUUAGGAUGGUAUCUAGUGCCCAUGAUUAACGAGAGAUCCGAUAACAUGAAAAAACCGAAGAAAAAUAUGAAGAAAGAGUACUCGAGAAAAGCUAGCGAGAAGAUCGUUACGUCUCCAAGAAGUGUUCUUAACAAUAAUGGGUUAAUUAGUUGAUGAAUUUUGAAAAUUUGUUCGAUUGAGAUCCAAGAUUAACUUAAUUAACAUGUGUUUCUUCUUGAUUUUUUUUUUUUUUUUGAAUCUUUUGUUGCCAAUUUUGAACGAUAUGGACGAUGGAUCCAUGUACAUAUUUUAGUUUAUUUGUUUAUUA